UCUGUACGGGUUUGCCAAUGGUAAACAUGUUUGUAAAGUUUUGUAAACAAUGUCCGUGGGGGUGAACAGUUUACUGUGGGCCGAGACAGGGCAGGCAACUGGACCAAGGAUAACCCACAUUGCUGUCAGAUGUGUACAGUAUAAAGCUCGGUAAUAAUGGCCUUCAAGCGUUUUGCAGCUGCCUAUCGUAGUUUUUUCUUUCCAACUCCUCUAAAGCCUCCAUUUCUUCAUAUCUGCCAAGCAGGAGAUCCAGUUUUAAGGUCACAAGCCAAACCUGUAUCACAUGAGCUUGUUAACACUCCAGAAAUCCAACAGAUAAUAUCUCAGAUGCGGCGAGUGAUGAAAACAUACGACAGUGUUGGUCUUUCAGCACCUCAAAUAGGAAUACCACUCAGAAUAUUAGCACUUGAAUUUUCACCGAGGAGGAAGGAAGAAUUUAGCCCUGAAGUUUAUUCUGCACGAGGAAUGUCAACAUUGCCAUACACAAUCAUAAUAAAUCCACAAAUGGAGAUUCUUGACUACAAGAAAGUGGUAUUCCCAGAGUCUUGUGAGAGCGUGCGAGGGUUUAGUGCACUGGUGCCCAGAUACGAAGCAGUUAAAUUAACAGGUAUUGAUAAUAAAGGAGAGUCCGUGGUGAUGCAGAGCAGAGGAUGGAUAGCAAGAAUUAUACAACAUGAAAUGGACCAUCUUGAGGGAAAACUUUUUGUUGACUCAAUGGACCCUAAAAGUUUUCAAAAUGAUGCAUGGCACAGAAUCAAUGUACACCAAGGAAGAAUUCAACUACAGUUUUAUAAAAAAUGAUAAAUUACAAAAUAAGUUUUGAAAUUUUAUUUUGCACUGCAGGUAAUAAGAAUCAGUACAGUAUGUAUGAAACAAUACAGCUAAAUGAAUCCAAAUAUGAAGCAAAUUGGGGAAGAAAGCUAUUGAGUGUUUAAUUCAAUUUUGGAGAACUUUUUGUUUAUGCUUUUAGGGGUAGCCGAACAAUGUUUAUGUGAUACAGUACGCCCUGAUAAUUUGCAGAUUUUUAUUUCACGGUCUUCAGUUAUUCGCGGAUAACACCCUGGAUGUAGCCAACAAUGUCUAUGGGUAGUGUUUAAGUUGCCGGGAUUUUUGUAGCUGGGACAGGGAGCCAUUCGUUCUAGAGACAGUAAUUUCUUUUACCUGUAUUGUACAUACAGGUACAGUAAUAUCUCCGUUUGCCGGAAUCCAUCAAACCCGGAACUCUCCAAUAGCCGGAAUUUAAAUUUGUUCAGGAAAUUGUUCCGAAAGCCGGAAUUUUUCAAGGGGCACAUUUUCUGGAAAAUGACGAUAAAAAAUUUUCUGGUAGGUACCCGGAAAAUUCCGGGGAUGAGGGAUUUUUUUCCGGGUUGGAAAGAUGAUUUAAUGGCCACUUUGUGGAAUUUCCGAGAAAAUUUUUCUUCAACCCGGAAAUAUCCCAUUCCCGGAAGUGCUCUGCAACAUUUGUUCCAGCUAAUGGAGAUAUCACUGUAUGUGUGUGUGUUUGU